AUGAAGUUCCUGUCCCUUCUCGCCGCGGCCCUCGUCGCCCCUCUGGCGUCGGCCCUCACCAUCCCCGAGAAGCGGCUCACGACGCCGGCCAACGACCCCUUCUACGUGCCGCCCGCCGGCUUCGAGUCGGCCAAGCCCGGCGCCGUGCUGCGCGACCGCCGCAUCAUAGCCUCCUUCUUCGGCAUCAUCCCGGACCCCAUCGAGGCGCGGCAGGUGCUCUACCGCACCACCGCCAUCGACGGCUCCGCCAUCGCCACCGUCACCACCAUCUUCAAGCCGCUGUUCGCCAAGAGCGACCGCUUCAUCGCGUUCAACACCGCCUACGACUCGUCGGCGUCCAUCUGCAACCCGAGCUACGGCUACCAGCUGGGCGCGCCCCCGCUGGACCUCAUCGCGCAGGCCGAGUUCCUCAUCAUCCAGGCGUACCUGCUGCUGGGCUACACCGUGGCCUCGUCCGACUACGAGGGGCCGGACGUGGCGUUUAGCGCGGGCCGGCUGUCGGGAAUGGGCGUGCUGGACGGCAUGCGCGCCGUGGUCAACUACGGGUCCAAGAUCGGCUUGAACAGCAACCCGAUGAUCGUCAACACGGGCUACUCCGGCGGCGCUAUCGCCGGCGGCUGGGCCGCGUCGCUGCACCCGACGUACGCGCCGGACCUCAACGUCAAGGGCUUCAUCCUCGGCGGCACGCCGGCCAACCUCACCCAGGUGCUGCUCAACGUCGAUGGCACGCUCUUUGCCGGCUUCCUGCCCGGCGCCAUCGCCGGCCUGGCCAUGCCCUCGGCGUACGGCGCGCAGCUCAACCCGGUGCUCGACCAGGUCAUCACGCCGCACGGCCGCGACGUGCUCGCCCUCGGCAGCAGCCAGUGCGUCGCCGUCAACAUCGUCGCCUUCGCCGGCCAGUCGCUCUUCGACCCCAAGAUCCAGAGCAUGGGCCGCGACCUGCUGUACCAAAAGGACGUCGCGGCGGUCCUGACCGACUCGACGAUGGGCGUCAAGAAGACGGAGACGCCGACGGUGCCGGUGCUGCUGUACCACGCGACGGGCGACGAGAUCAUCCCGUAUGCCGGCGCGGACACCCUUCGGCAGAGCUGGUGCGCAAACGGCGCGAGCGUGCAGUUCACGACGUACGCGGCGGGCGGACACGGCACCACGGAGCCCAUCGGUCUUCUCGACGCUAUCGCCUUUGCCGACAACGCCUUCAAAGGCCGCGUGCCCUCCGGAUGCUCCACGAAGUCGGUACUCACCAACCAGCUGAACCCGCUCGCUCUCGGCCUCAACCUGGAGCCGGCCCUCUCCCAGCUUGCGGGUGUCAUCCUGGCUCUGGGCCAGAAGGAUGCCAACUGGAAGAACGCGAUCCAACAGGGCAAGACUCUGUAA